AGGUCGGCCGGGAGCCGCUGAGGGCCCGGGGCAUCCUCAGUGUUCAAGUCGUGGGCGAUGCCAGGCUGUGCCGUCCGGUUAAAGGAGAGGGACGGGGUUAUUUCCUUGGAGAGCGGAACAAGCAGGAGUUGUGGUAGAAGUGGGCGUGAAGAAGAAGGACGGGGGUUAUCGGCUUGGAAGCAGCUCUCGUGUUAAGUCAGCGACUAGAAAUGGAGAAGGGUCAGCAGCAUGGUGCAUGAUGUUUCUAGAGGCGGCACCACUCAGAAGGUUUCCCCGAAUUCUGCUUUCCUGUCAUCUAAGCAUAGGAGUGGGCUGAUGUUUAUAUAAGCCAUCAGAGCAGAGGACCCUGCUAUUGAAACAGCAGAGGAAGCUAAGGAACCAGCAGAAGCAGACAUCAAUGAACUUUGUAAAGAUAUGUUCAACAAAAUGGCUACUUACUUAACAGGUGAACUGACAGCCACCAGUGAAGACUACAAACUCUUGGAAAACAUGAACAAGCUGACCAGCUUGAAGUACCUGGAAAUGAAAGAUAUUGCUAUAAACAUCAGUAGGAAUCUGAAGGAUUUAAAUCAAAAGUAUGCUGCUCUUCAGCCAUAUCUGGAACAGAUCAACCUAAUUGAGGAGCAGGUUGCAGCUUUGGAACAGGCAGCUUAUAAAUUGGAUGCAUAUUCCAAAAAACUUGAAGCCAAGUAUAAAAAACUGGAGAAACGAUGACAUCUACAACAGAGACUUGACUUAAUAAUAAUAUUGAAGUUGGAAAUUGGGUUAUGAGACAGAUUGAUCUCUAUUUGUUUAGGCUGCACAACAGCAGUUAUGCAUUGCCAAGGAAUUGAUUGCAGCUGACAUCAAGACUGGUAACUUUUUAUAUCUAACCUUGAGGCUGAAUAUCUGCCUCUUCUCAGAUGUUUCUAUUGCCUCAAUUAUUGUUCUGUAGCAAAAAAAGUGAAACCUGUCACUAACCCUUCUGUUGAUUAUUGAGUGUCUGUGUGUUAGUCCUGUGUCCUCCAUAAUAUAUUCUACCUAGGAAAAGCCCUGCGUAACCAUAACCUGUAAAGAUGUUAUUCCUUGGUAGCAUGAGGAUCCAAACCUCUUUUUGGAGAUACCCUGGCCUUUGGAGUUAUGAGCAUGGUAUUGAAAAUGCUUAAGUUUGGCGUUCAUCUUUUCUUUUUGAAAUAGAGGGACUAGUUAUGAUAAAUUUACAAUAAUAAAACUGAACUUGCUGCGUUUGUC